AUCGGUGAUGUUUUCAGUUGUCACAUGAACACACAGACGAUAAACAGAGAUGUAGUUUUAUAUACAAAUCUGAGGAUUUCACGAGUUAUGGAGAUUGUAAAUUUUAAAGUAUGCCUGUUUUAUCUGACAGCACUAGUGGCUGUGACGUCAGGAGGGAAGAUGAAGAUAGUGGAGGAACCUAACACAUUUGGACUGAAUAAUCCACUUGUGUCUCAGACUAGUCGAUUGCAGGCUAAAGUCAGCCCAUCUCCAGUGUCUGGACCUCCACAUCUGCACAGACUGGCAGGAAAAUGCUUUAACUACAUUGAGGCAACAUACAAAUAUGUGUUUUGUCCUUUUCAUAAUGUGACUCAGCAUGAACAGAGUUUCAGAUGGAACGCAUACAGCGGUAUACUGGGUAUUUGGCACGAAUGGGAGAUUGAGAAUAACACAUUUACUGGCAUGUGGAUGCGUGAAGGAGAUUCAUGCGGAAACAAGAACAGACAGACCAAGGUUCUCCUGGUGUGUGGAAGCAGCAGUAAACUAGCAGGUGUUUCAGAGCCACAAACGUGUGUUUAUUCUCUAACAUUUGAGACGCCACUAGUCUGCCAUUCACACUCCCUCUUAGUGUAUCCGGUUUUAAGUGAGAAAUUACAGAAGGAGUGGGAUGAAAUUGCACAAUCUCGAUAUGAAGAACUCAUCACAGAACAGGGUUAUAAUAAGCUGCUGAAGGAGCUGUUUGAAGAGGCUGGGUUUCUGAGAAAAGCUCAGCAGCAGAAGGCAGAGGAGAGCGUGACUUCUGUCUCACAUCCCAGUCUGGAGCAGUGCACACAGGACUUUGAAAAGCAGCGAACAGAGAUCGAACGGCUUCAGUCACUCCUAAAACAACACAACAUCUCCUAUGAGGCGACAGCAGACAGGACUGAGGAUCGGGGUUACACUGAACCUUCACCUGUCCAGGACCAGCACCUCCGCGGAGAUGGCGGCUUCAUCGCUGAUCUGCACUGAAAUCACAAAACACUGCUAAUCUGAGCAUUCAGGGAAAUAAUGUGACUGUGAGAUGAUGCUAUUUAACGGGUUUUAAGCUUUGGACUUUAUUCAGCCAUGCAGGACUGACAAUUAAAAAUAAAGUUUUUGUGACAAAAAA